AUUGUAUCACCGCUUGAAAAGCUCUGUUAUUAUCAACAGUCAAACCACACUUCUUCUUCUUCCUCUUUCUUAUUACAACAACUCCCAAGUAUAUUUGCUUCUUUCUCCUUCCACAAUCCUAUCCAAUCUUAGCCGUUAAUUUUCAGGUACAUCUUCUUCUCUAGCCUAGCUUUUUCUAAUUUUUCAUGUUUUUCGCUGUGAUAGUUUAUCGGUUAUCAUCUCUAGUCUCCAAGGUUAGCGAUUUUUGUUUCCUGUUCAUCGUUGCUGCUGAUUCGAAUAUGGAUCAGUUCUUUUGGGGGAAGUUUUUUUGUGGGUGGUUCGCGAUUAUAUUCUGUUUUUUACCCCCAAAAAUUAGUUUUUUUUUUCAUGUAAAGAUUUUUUUUUUUUCUUUUUUCUGAUUUCAGUUUAGGGUUUGAAUUAGGUUAUGGGGGUAUAACUGGGUCUCAAUUGAAUUAGGUUUCUUUGUUGUGGUAUAAUAGUGUUAUCCGUUUGUUUUUACUACUGGUUCUGCUGUAAAAUUGGGAUAUUGGUUGGGAUUUAUGUGUAAUUGCUAACGUAUGGGAGUUCAUUGCGGUGAUGAAAAGCUGAUAUUACCAUGGCGUUGUUAUUUAGUUCUUCUGGUCCAAAUCUGAAUGUUUAAUGGGUUAACCACCGGAAAUUGGUUGAUCUACUGUUUUUGCUGUGUCCGAAGAGAUGGGAUUUGUUUUUGAUAGGUUGCUGGUGUUGUGUUUUUGCCAUUUGAAUGUGUGAAUUGUUGGCUUUGCUGCUUGGUUAUUGACAAGCGCAUCCCUUGUGAUGAUGAAGCUUGGUAUGUGUUUAGUCAUGAUCAUCCUAAUGCCAUGAGGAGUCUCCUCACGUGUCGGUUACUUUCUUCAUAUCAUGACUAACAUCACAAGAUUAUUUUCCUUUUCCUGCUUUGUGAUAUAGCUUGAGUUUGUUUUUCUGGAACUUACUUGAUUGGUUUAUUAUAACCGUGAAACGUCUUUUGUGUGUGUAUGAGCUUAAUUUGAGUUUGUCCCUCUACAUGCGUGUACAUGAGAUUUGGUAUGCUGACUGACUAUGUGUUCUUGUUUCACUUCUCGAAAUUAGGCCUUGUAUUAUGUCUGCUGAACCUGAAACCUAAUUUGAUUAAGUUUUUUAAGUACUUAUCUUCCUAUGUGAAACAAAUCUUUGAAUUAUCGAUGUCACAUGUUACUAUUUGAAUUCAGUCGCUUCUAUCAUACCUAAAAUAAAUAUCUUUUGAUACAAAAUCGGGUUGAAUUUUAUUUCUGAUUAUGUAAGUGAAAGCUUUCUGUUCACAAUGAUGAUGAUUGCUAAUUUGGUUGCUGUUAUGAUUGGGCUAAGCAAGCAUGUGUACCCUGUGAAAUGAAUUGAGGGUCAUAUACGCUGAGUGUCUCUUUACCUUGUUGUCAAUUAGAUUUCUGCUGUAGAAUUUUGGUUUGAGUCAAAGACCAUUUGGGUGCCUUGAAAGUUGAAACUGUCCCCACAACUUGCUUGUGUUUUGGAAUCAGAACUGAUGGACUGGUAUUUUGUGCAGGAUAAAAGAAGAAAAGCCUAUCUAGAGAAUGGGGAAGAGAAAGUCGAGGGCAAAGCCCCCACCUAAGAAGAGAAUGGACAAACUUGAUACAGUUUUCAGCUGUCCAUUUUGCAACCAUGGCACAAGUGUGGAAUGUCGCAUCGACAUGAAGAACUUGAUUGGUGAAGCUAUAUGCAGGAUAUGCCAAGAGAGCUUUAGCACCUCUAUAACUGCUUUAACUGAACCAAUUGACGUUUACAGUGAAUGGAUUGAUGAAUGCGAACGAGUAAAUAACCCUGAAGAUGAAGGUGCGUAGGGUGAUCGAUGAUUAUGCUGUUUCAAAUACGCAGCGUGGUCAAUUUGUAAUAGUAAUAGAAAGUUUUAAGGGCUCAGUGCAAGCAAUCCUUUUUUAACUAAUGAAACCGGAUGCUGUCUACUAGUGUGUUUGUGUAUAGUACCAUAUGUUAUUGUAAGUUUGUCAUGGCAGAAUACAUUUGUCUCCUAAAUAAUUUGUUGUGUUUUGUUAGUACUGAUAUAUGUUAUGGUUAACCACUUUAAAUUGGUACUUCUCUGCGUAGUAAUCAUUUUCUUACUGAAGAAUCUUAUAAAAGUUUAAAGGAGAAUCAUUUUUCUGAUAUGAAGAACUUGGC